CCGACCUGGUCGUUCCCCGUCUCGUCCCCACGACUCUGGCGCGCUCCACAGCAAUGUUUGCGGAUAUAUGCGACGGCUGCUUGCUGCUUUUGUUGGCGAGCUCCACUGAGCGUCUGCGCCUUUAAAGGCUUGUAAAGUGCGCCUCUCUACACAUCGCACAGUUCAACUUCUCCACAACUCCGACGCGCGUGGGCGAGUAGAGUAGAGACACCUUAACCCCGGAGAGGCUCACCUUCACGGCUAGACCCAUGGAAUAAUAACUAUGGAAUACCACUGGAUACUGCUGUCUGUGUUUUUGCAGUUAACCUUCCAUCCAGGAAACACCAAGCCCACCAUCACCCCCGUCGACCCCCACCUUGUCGUCCCGCUCAACGCACCCUUCGAGCUGCGUUGCCAGGGUGAGAAGGAGAUGCAGUGGCAGCGGGAGGACCGGCCGAAGGUGCGGGGAGAGAAAAAGGUGGCUGGGAUGUCCACGCUGCGCAUCCCCAGGGCCCAGCCUGUUCACAUGGGCCGCUACAUCUGCUUGGAGGAGAGCACCAAGGAGCGAACCUCCAUCUACGUCUAUGUGAAAGAUCCUGACAAUCCCUUCAGAAAAUCAAUGGUGUUCAACAUUCUCACUCGAGUGGGAGACAAUGCUUCCAUCCCUUGCCUGGCAACCGAUCCAAGUCUGGACAACCUGCGCCUGGAAACAUGUUCUAGCAGAGCUCCGGCCUCUGGUCUCCAGUUCUCUGCCAGCCCGGAGCAAGGCAUCGUCAUCCACAACACACAAAAGGCCUUCGAAGGAUGCUAUGUGUGCACGGGAAGACUCGGGCAGGAGAGCGCCAGAUCGCAUGACUACUACCUGACAGUGAGGCCAGUCCCUGUUGCUCCUCCUGUGAUUGAGAUGCAGGCAACCAAAAGAGUGAUUCUCACGCGGAAUGAGAGUCUCUCCCUCACCUGCAACACCACCAACGUCAACGCAGAAAUCCAGCUUAAGUGGAUCCCCCCUCCUGGCUCGGGUGCCGUCUGGUAUCCACAGCAACCAGUAAAGGUUGACGGUGCUUCACGCAUCCUGACGGAGAACUUCAGUCACGUGCGCGGCGCCACGCUGCACAUCGCAGCGGUCGGACCUCAAGACGUUGGGAGAUACCGGUGUGAAGCCCAGAACGAAAGAGGGGUCAGCUCGCAGUCGGCGUGGCUCGAUGUUUAUGAGAAAGGAUUCAUCAACUUAAAACCCACAAUCAAUGAAACCAUCCACGUCCGCUCGGGCGAGAGCUUGUCCCUGAACGUUGACAUGGAGGCUUAUCCGAAGCCGCACUCGUUCUCCUGGACUUUCAUGGGCCACGAGUUGAGGAACACAACGGACCACGUCAUCACCACACACAGCCACGAGUACAGGUACAGCAGCGAGCUGAGGCUGGUGCGACUGAAGGUGUCAGAGGGUGGAGUUUACACCUUUCAAGCCUCCAACGGUGACGCUUCAGUAAACUACACGUUCACCAUCUUUGUGAUCAGUAAACCUGAGAUCGUGUCUCACGAGGGUCCGGUGGACGGACAGGUACGCUGUGUGGCCGAGGGGUUCCCCGCCCCGCGGAUCACCUGGUACUACUGCGAGCAGCCGUACGCCAGGUGCUCCCAACAGGUGAACGCCACCCAGGAGGAGCACAACGUCAUCACCGUCACGCUGUUCAGCCCCCCGUUCGGCAAGACGGAGGUGGAGAGUCGCGUGAACGUGAGCCUGGGACAGUACAGCACUCUGGAGUGUGUGGCGACGGUGGAGGGAGAGCAGGCCUACACGCUGUUUUCUAUCAGCGAGAGAACUGUCCCCCACGAUCUCUUCACCCCUCUGCUAAUUGGCUCCGUGUCAGCAGCAGGCGUCCUCUGUCUCGUCCUCAUCAUGCUGUUCUACAAGUACAUGCAGAAACCCAAGUACCAGAUCCAGUGGAAAGUUAUCGAGGGCAUCCAUGGAAACAACUAUGUCUACAUUGACCCCACCCAGCUGCCGUACGAUCACCAGUGGGAGUUCCCGCGAAACAACUUGCGUUUUGGGAAGACGCUGGGAUCUGGUGCGUUUGGGAAAGUGGUGGAGGCCACCGCGUACGGACUCUCCGAAGCAGAUUCAGUCGUGACGGUGGCGGUGAAGAUGCUUAAAAGUGAGUGCUGGCAACACACUGUGGGAGACCUUUAUUUGUCCCAGAAGGAUUUUGUCGCUGUUUGUUUUGACAAUUGUUUGUCUGAGGUGGGAACCUGAAAGCAUCAAAGUCAAAUUCAAAGAGCAGGGGGAGGCCGGAGAGCACGCUCCACUGUUGUUCUACAGUAGAGUCGCUACUUAAUAAAUCUACCAUAAACUGGUUUACAAUUAAAAAGUAUUUAAUCCUACUGAAGCUAAUACAAUUACAGAAUGAAGUACACUACUAACAGAAUAUAUAAUAUAUGAUCCGCGUGGAAAAGCUAUUCACUCGCGACUCAGCCUGGAAACACAGAUGUUUCCAGGCUCAGAGCCGAGAAGAAAGAGAGUGAAUUCCUUUCCAGCACUUCCUCUUACAGUUUGAAAUCCCCCCCCUUUUGUCCAUCUUAAUUCCUAUUGGCUAAUUUUGGUUGCCUCCUCCUGGCGUCAGGCUUCCGAAAACCCUCGCGCGGGUACAACCUGCAAAUGUCUGUCUAGAAGUCUGACAUUCCCUUGGCUAUUCUUCACAGUUUAAUACAUACAAUGACUGUCUUUUAUGGCUUAACACUUCUAUGAUAAACAUUCUAUAUAAAGAUAAGGAUUUGCAACUUUUGGCAAAAACCUUCACAAGUUUCACAAGCAAAUAUAAAGGUGCUACAAAUUCUAAGAUACACUUCUAAAACACUUUUACAAUUAGGAAUCUUCUAAUUAUGUAUUC